UUCCCACAGUUCAUCUUUUUGAGAGGAUUUUUAUUAAAGUUUAGUUAUAUAUUCAGUUAUGAAUCCUGUAGUGACUCUGAUUUAACAACAUUAAUGUAAGUAGAUUUUUUUUCUUGAUAAAACUGAAUCCUGAAUCUUCUAGUUUCUUCCUGAAACGAUUUCCUGCAAUAAAAUGUUGGCUGGAAAAGAGCUGAAAACUGAGAAAAACCUGAAAAGUUCAAAUCUGACCUAAAGUUUUACAGCUCAACUCACUGGUGAUACAAAGAGAAACAUGAAAGUAAAAGUGUUUAUUGUCACCUGAAAGGGGGAGGAGUCUAAGAUGCUUCCAGAUGCUUAAAGUCACCUUGAAGGGGGCGGAGCCUCAGGUACGGAUGAGGAUCAGGACUAACAGGUUCAGACUCCAGUUAGCAGCAGAGCAGAGUUUGGAUUGGACUGUUCUUCAUCCUGCCUCCUCUGACCCGAUGUUUGGAUCUGAACCCGAGUGAAGUCCUCCGUCCAUCUGAAGAGGAAGACGGCAGAGACGGUGAGGACAACUGGUCACCUGAAAACUAAACGCCUGAGCAGGAGGCCAGACGCAUUUCUGGAGGACAUUUAAUCAGCUGAUAAAAGAUGGCGCAGCAGCAGGAAGUCCAGCAGGAAGUGGAUUUUGAGAAAAAACUUUUCAAGGUUCGCCCUGAGUUUGUGAAGAGAGUUUCUGAGGAAAUCUUGAUUCAGCUCCUCGAUGACCUUCUAUCAGAUGGGGUCUUUAAACAUUCGGAGAUAGAGAGUAUACUGCAGAAUAACCAAACCCAAACAAACAAGGCCCGCAACACCAUCGAUGCUGUGAUGAAGAAAGGACAGAGAGCCUGCAGAUUGAUGAUCAAACGUCUUCAUCACAUGGAUCCGACUCUUUCCAGCCAGUUAGGUUUGUCCUCUGACUCCUUUGGUCCAGAUUUUGAUGUUCGGUGUCAACAGGAGCAUGAAGAGUCUCUGAAGAUGAAGUUCCAAAGUCUCUCUGAAGGAGUCGCUGAACAUGGAAAUAAAACCGAUCUGAACCAGAUCUACACUGAGCUCUACAUCACAGAGGGGUUAACUAGAGAGGUCAACCAGGAACAUGAGGUCAGACACAUUGAAACAGCAUCCAGGAAACAAGAAACAGUCAGAAGAGAAGACAUCUUUAAAGUCCCACCUGGAAGAGAUCAACCAAUCAGAACAGUGAUGACCAUGGGCGUGGCUGGCAUUGGGAAAACACUGUUAACACAGAAGUUCACUCUGGACUGGGCUGAAGGCAAAACCAACCAGAACAUUGAUUUCAUAUUUCCAUUCACCUUCAGAGAACUGAAUUUACUGAGAGAGGAAAAGUUCAGCUUAUUAGGACUGAUUCAUGAACGUUUCACUAAAACCAAAGGAAUCAGCAGCUUUGAAUCGUUCCAGGUUCUGUUCAUCUUUGAUGGUUUGGAUGAAAGUCGAUUUAGUCUGAACUUUCACAAAACUGAAAUGUUGACUGACCCUGAAAAGUCGACCUCACUGGAUGUUCUGCUGACAAACCUCAUCAGGAAGGAACUGCUUCCCUCUGCUCUCCUCUGGAUAACCACACGACCUGCAGCAGCCAAUCAGAUCCCAGCAAAGUUUGUUGACAUGGUAACAGAGGUCAGAGGGUUCACUGACCCCCAGAAGGAGGAAUACUUCAGGAAGAGAUUCAGAGAUGAUGAAGAGAAGGCCAGCAGGAUCAUCUCCCACAUCCAGAAAUCCAAAAGUCUCCACAUCAUGUGUCACAUCCCCGUCUUCUGCUGGAUCACUGCUAAAGUUCUGGAGGAUGUGAUGAAGACCAGAGAGAGAGAGAAACUACCCAAGACUCUGACUGAGAUGUACAUAAAGUUUCUGAAGGUUCAACUGAAAAUGAAAAGGGAAAAGUAUGAAGGAGGACCUGAGAAUGAAUCUAUCUGGAGUCCAGAGAACAGGAAGCUGAUUGAGUCUCUAGGAAAACUGGCUUUUGAUCAGCUGCUGAAGGGAAACCUGAUCUUCUAUGACAAAGAGCUCACACAGUGCGGCAUCAACAUCCAAGAUGAUGUGUUGUUCUCCGGAGUUUUCACUGAGAUGUUUAAAAAGGACAGUGGAACGGGCAACAUCUCUGUCUACUCCUUUGUUCAUCUGAGCAUCCAGGAGUUUCUGGCUGCAGUCUACAUGCUCCACUGCUUCACCAGCAGGAAGUCAGAGGAGAUCAAGACAUUCCUGGGAAAAACAAAUGUUUUUAUGUCUUUUAUGUCUCUAGAGGAGUUCAUGAAGAAAGUCAUGAAGAAAUCCCUCAGCAGUCAAAAUGGCCACCUGGACCUGUUUGUCCGCUUCCUUCAUGGUCUCACUGUGGAGUCCAACCAGAGAGUCUUAGAAGAUCUGCUGGGGCAGACAGAGACCAGUCCAGAAACCAUCCAGAGAAUCAUCACCAACCUGAAGAAGAUGAACAUUGAUAGAAUCUCUCCUGACAGAAAAAUCAACAUCUUCUACUGUCUGGUGGAGAUGAACGACGUCUCAUUUUAUCAGGAGAUCCAAUGGCUGCUGGAUUCAGGGAAGGAGCUCUCAGUGACUGACUGUUCAGCUCUGGCCUUCAUACUGCAGAUGUCAGAGGUUCUGGAUGAGUUGGACCUGGAGAAGUACAACACAUCAGAAUCAGGUCGACAGAGACUGGUUCCAGCUGUGAGGAACUGCAGAAAGGCUCGACUUGGUGACUGUUUGCUCUACAAGGAUGAAUGUAAAGUUUUGGCCUCGGCUCUGAAGUCCAACCCAGAUCUGACUGAACUGGAAAUAAAUCAGAUGUUCAUAUAUGAAGGAGACUCUGAUAUGAAGCAUCUGGUUGAGAUCCUGGAGAAUUCAGUCAGUAAAGUGAAGAAACUGGGAUUGAGCUGCAGUUUAUCAGAGACCAGCUGGACGUCUCUGUUCUCAGCUCUGAAGUCCAACCCGACCCAUCUGACAGAACUGGGCCUGUACAGAACCAACCUGGAAGGUUCUGGACUGAAGGAUCUCUGUGGUUUUCUACAGACUGAAGGCUGCAGACUGGAAACAUUGAUGUUGUUGGACUGCAGUUUGUCAAAGAUCAGCUGUGAUUAUUUGGCCUCAGCUCUGAAGUCCAACCCGACCCGUCUGACAGAACUGGACCUGGGAGGAAACAACCUGAAAGAUUCAGAUGUUCAGCAUCUGAAGGAUUUUGUAGAGACUGUAGAGUGGAAGGACUGAUGAUCUCUGUAAAGUAGAGAACGUCUCUGUGUCCUGCUGAUCCUCACAGGUAGAAGCUGCAGCAGUAUGAUUCUAAAGAGACUGACUGGAUCAUGACGAUGACCUCUGACCUCAUAGAUUUUCCUCCUGUUUAUUUUCUCAUGUCUGUCAUUUAGUGUCUGAUAUUGUUUUUCUCUUUGGAUCAAUAAAGAUCCAAUUCAAACUGGGCUCCAUUUAGAGGCUUCAUGGAGUUUUGAUCUGAACUGGAUUCAACUGGAAAGUUGAUCUUUUUUCUCUCUGGUUCAUUUUCAUCCUGGAACCAGAAAUGGUCUGAGAAUGGAAACAUGGGAAUCAUUUCCAGUUCAGCUUUAAGUCAUAAAAGACACUUCAAACCUCUUUUCUCUGCUGCUUCCUUCUGUUGACAUGAAAAUGUUCCUCAAAGCUCCACAGAUAAAAAGAUGUUUUACUGGAAACGGCAGAGAAACUUCAGCUUCCACCACAGAAACCAGUUUAACCAGUUUAGAACUGGAUGUCCCACAGAAACUGAUCUUGGAGCAGUUUUCAGGAACAUCCAUCUUUUAAUCUGAAUAAAUAUACAUAUAUAUAUUUUAUAGUCAUUCUAAAAAUAUUUAAAUAAUUAAGUUUUUUAUCAUAGUCAUUGGUUCUCAGUGCUUUAAUAUUUCUCGUUUUGUUUUUGGUGGUGAACUUUUUCAGUUUUCCAGUUAAUCUAGAGAACAUUAGGGGGAAUGGAGACUCAAUAUGUCACAUCAGGCUCUUUACUGUGGUUGUGCUGAUUUAUUCUGAAUUCAUGGGAUAACGUGGUGAUUGGUUCAUAUUAUUUUGUUCAUAUUUAUUUUAAUGUAACGUGGGUUCCUCUGUGUUUAAUGAUGAGCUAAUAAAGUUUUUUAUAAUGUUUUUGGUGGGGGUUUUAUACAUUUGAUUUUGUACAAAUAUAGUAACGACAUCUUUAUUUUAAUCCUUCAUGCUGUUCAGUUUAUUGUAUUAGGAUUAACAAUAAAUCCAAAUAUAUUUUAACUUUG